GAGAGAGAGAGAGAGAGAGAGACACACACACAUAAAGAGAGCGAGAGAGAAAGAAACAGAGAGAGAGAGAGAGAGAGAGUGAGAGAGAAACAGAGAGAGACAGAGAGACAGAAAGAAAAAAAGGAUAGAAGAAGAAUCGGCGGGAGUGUGUGCUAUAUAUCUCAUUCUAUAUCGUAAUCAUAUCCCGUUAUCAUAAUCAUAAUCAUCAACACCAUUUUCCUCGUCCUCUUUUGGUCGAAGGAAGGGGGUGCCGCGGCGGUUUAAUAAAGUCGCGCACGCCCGCGCGCGCGCGCUCUCUCGAAAAGGAAAGAAAGAAAGCUAGAAAGAGAGAAAAAAGAAAAAAAAAAGAAAAAAAGAUAGAAGGGCAGUCUCCUGAAAGCAAUCUCGUAUAGAACGACGAUAACGACGAUAACGACGAGGACGACGAGGACGGCGAUUGUGGUGGCGCCGGGCAUCCUCGGCCACCCUCGAGCAUCAGAAAGAGAGAGAGAGAAAGAGAAAAAGAGAGAGAGAGAGAGAGAGAGAGAGACAGAGAGGUGUAAAACUACGUCAGCGGGGGGGGCCAGCAAGGGAGACAGAGGAUAAGGGAGUAGUAGUAGUAGUGCUGUGGUAGUGGUUGGGGCGCGUGACACACGCAUUCUGAAAGAAAAAGAAGAGGAGGAGGAGGAGGUGGUGGUGGUGGUGGAGGUGGAGGAGGAGGUGGUGUUGGAAAAGGUGGUGGUGGUUGUGGAGGAGGAAGAGAAGGAGGAGGAAGAGGAAGAGGAAGAGGAAGAGGAAGAGAAAAAGUGUGAGAGAGGGUAAACUGUCUCGUACUUAUUAUCCACUACUAGUAAUAGUAGUAGCUCCGGUAGUAAUAGCGCGUACACAGGAUUAUCACGAUUAGUUAGAAAAAGAGAAGUGAAAGAAAAUAAAGGAAAGCAAGAAAGACGGAAAGAAAUAAAGAGACGAGUAGAAAUAGAAUUAAAAGGCAAAGUAGAGGUAGAAGGAGUGGAGAAAGGUGAUAGAGAGAAGAGGAAAUAGAAAUAGAAAAAGAAGAAGAAAAAGAAGAAAAAGUGGCGUCGAAGGAGGGAACAGACGACGCGUUGAACGACGCGAUCGUCGAGAUUCCUCCCUCGGGGAAGCGGCAGAAACAAGAAAAGAUUCUGACGAAAGUGCUGUUGCUUGUGCUGAUACUGGUGCUGCUGCUGAUGCUGGCGACGCAGCUCGAAGAAGAGAAAUGAAGUAGGAGGAGGAGGAGGAGGAGGAGGAGGUGAAGAAGAAGAAGAAGAAGAAGAAAGUAGUAUAUGUCUAUGCACGCGGCAGGAUUCAACGAGGAGAAGAGCAAGGACUUUUAAGGGCGUUGAAAGGACGGCUGCUGAUUCUGCUGCCUUAACUGCUACUGCUACUGCUACUGCUACUGCUGCUGAUUCUGCUGAUUCCACUGUCGCUGCUGGUUUUAAUCGAGGAAAAGGAAAGAAGCUACUAAUAAGGAAUAGCGGCGAAGAAGGUGGUCGAAGUAUUUACGUGAUACUUGGAGAGGAUCGGGAAAAAGAAAAGAAAAGAGAUAGUGCCAGAGAUAGAUAGAUGGAUAGAUAGAUAGAUAGAUAGAUAGAUAGAUAGAUAGAUAGAUAGAUAAACAGAUAGAAAGAAAGAAAGAAAGGUAGAAAGAGAAAGAGAGAAGGUGAUAGUCUUGGAUAAUCUUAGUAGAUAGAAAGAGAAGAAGGAGGAUAGUAUCCAGUACCAGGUGGCCAACGAUAGUUCUUUUUUUUUCCCACCCUUACGUGGGAGAGUAAGAAGAGGGUGUCCCCCGAAGGAAAGGAGGGGGAAAGUGGGGGGGGGCUUGUGUGUCGGAGCUCUGGUGUCGAAGAAAAAUACGGUGGCGGUGGCGACGAGAACGACCGAGGAGAAGGGGUGCGAGAUAGGAGGUAGAAGAAGAAAGAGGGUGCGUGGGGCGCGGUAGUGGCAGAGAGCUCGAGGGGUGAAGAGAGAGGUUCAGAAAAGGGGUUGAAAAGAGGGGGUGAGAAGAGAAGAGGGGUGCGUGGCGUCGUUCUUGCGUCGACGGCGGUCGCCUUGCGCCGGCCGACUCACCACUGCUGCCUGGCCCGCUUUCUGCUGGCCGGCUCUUUUAACGAGUGCUCGAAGAGCGUGGGGGUGGCGUUUGUGAAGGCAACGUGUACCAAGAUGGGCUGCGCAAUGUCCGCGGAAGAGCGGGCCGCUCUGGCCCGCAGCAAGCAAAUUGAGAAGAAUCUCAAGGAGGAUGGUCUUCAAGCUGCCAAGGACAUCAAGCUCCUAUUACUCGGAGCUGGUGAAUCUGGCAAGAGUACCAUCGUCAAACAAAUGAAAAUCAUUCACGAAAGCGGUUUUACGCCGGAGGACUUCAAACAGUACAGACCCGUCGUUUAUAGCAACACGAUACAAUCACUCGUUGCUAUUCUCAGAGCGAUGCCAACACUCGGAUUAAAUUUCUCGACCAACGAGAGAGAGACUGACGCAAAAAUGGUCUUCGAUGUUAUCCAACGAAUGGAGGACACCGAGCCAUUUAGCGAAGAACUUUUAAUGGCCAUGAAGAGGCUCUGGACUGAUAGUGGUGUCCAAGGAUGUUUUGGAAGGAGCAACGAGUAUCAACUUAACGAUUCUGCGAAAUACUUCCUGGACGACUUGGAUCGAUUAGGUGCAAGGGAGUAUCAACCAACGGAGCAGGACAUAUUGAGGACUCGAGUUAAAACGACUGGUAUCGUCGAAGUCCAUUUUUCAUUCAAAAACCUUAAUUUCAAAUUGUUCGACGUGGGUGGACAAAGAAGCGAACGUAAGAAAUGGAUACAUUGCUUCGAGGAUGUUACUGCGAUUAUCUUCUGCGUCGCCAUGUCCGAAUACGAUCAGGUCUUGCACGAGGAUGAAACUACGAACCGAAUGCAAGAAAGCUUGAAGUUAUUCGAUUCAAUUUGCAACAACAAGUGGUUCACCGAUACCUCGAUCAUUCUUUUCCUGAACAAGAAGGAUCUGUUCGAAGAAAAGAUUCGCAAGUCUCCCUUGACGAUUUGCUUCCCGGAGUACGCAGGUGCGCAAGAGUACAGUGACGCCGCUGCCUACAUUCAGGCGCAAUUCGAAGCGAAGAACAAGUCUACGACGAAGGAGAUUUACUGCCACAUGACCUGUGCCACCGACACGAAUAACAUUCAAUUUGUGUUCGACGCGGUUACAGAUGUAAUCAUCGCCAAUAAUCUGCGUGGCUGCGGACUCUAUUAGGUUAAUUCCGUAUUCUAUAUUAAGCGUUAACAAAAUGGAGAUGACGACGAUGACGACGAUGACGAGUACGACGUUGACGUUGACGAAAAAGACGAUAACGACGAAGACUGUGACGACAGUGAUAAUAACAAUGAUGAUGAUGAUGAUGAUGAUGAUGAUGAUGACGACGACGAGGACGAUGACGACGACGAUGAUGAUGAUAAUGAUAAUGAUGAUGAUUAUGAUUAUGAUGAAGCUAUCGAACGGGUGACGUUUAUCAGAGUCAAGAAUUUUCAUUUUGAUUCGAUCAUGGUUACGUUUUGAUUUGUGUUUAGAGUGAGACGACGAAUGAAGAUAAAGAGAGACAAGAAAGAAGAUAAAAAUGAAGACCAAGUAUUUUUCUUGCUCGCUCGACUGUACGACUGUCGGGAUUAUCGAAACGAGUCGACCAAUACAAGAUGAUGAUAAGAAUAAAUAUUAUUUUACAGGUUGCAUGGAUUACAUUUAUGAAAAUGUUUCCUGCGUCGUUUCAUAGAUCGAGAAGUUUCGUAUGUAAAAGAGAAGAGUAAAGAGAGAGUUAAAUAAAGAAAGAAAAAAGAAGGAAAGAAAGAAAGAAAGAAAGAAAGAAAGAAUGAAUGAAAGAAAGAUAGAAAGAAUGAUAAAGAAUAAUAAUAUAUGUAUUUCGACGAAACUCGACCGCCAUAUAUAUGCAUUUACGUUCGCGCCAACAAACCCAACCGUGUUACCGUCAAAGCACAAGAAAGAAAGAAAAAGAAAUAUGUAAAUCGAGCCUGCAGUUGGGUUUUAUAAAGAGACUUGAAAAAAGAAAGAAAAAGGCUCGACACAGUUUUUCUAUUUUUUCUUUUUUUUUUUUUUUUUUCUUUUCUUUUUUGUUAAACCUUUUGAUUAAGCAAGUUCACGAAGGAAUAAGUCGACUAUAUAUAUAUAUAUAAAUAAAUAAAUAAAUAUAUAUAUAUAAGUACAAUAGAUAUUGUGUAUUUGACGAUAGAAGGAUGAUAAUAUUCUAGGAUUUGCACGUUUAAAACGGAUUUAGCACAAAUUUAAUAAACGUACUUGAUCGUGCAUUUUAAAAAAUAUUCUCUUCUUUUGUUUCUGUUUUUCUUUUUCUUUUUUUUUUCAUAUUUUAUUUUAUUAUCUUUCUUUCUUUUCUGUUUUAUCGUUUGCUCUAUACGCACGAAUGCCAUUUUGUAUUUUCAUUAUUAUCGAUAAGCGAUUAAGAAGACCACAUACGUAAUAUACAUAAACGUCGACUUUAUCCUACCAUCGAUGAUAUUCAACAAAUAAAUAAAUACGUACAUACGUAUGUAUACGUACUUGUUCGAUCGUGAUUCGGUAUAUUUAAUUAAACGUCUGAAACAUGAUCGAAAGCAACGUCAACGUACUUUCGACGUUUUGCUUUUUAUUUAAUAUGAAAAGGACAGACAUUUUAUCGCACACAUAUUGCAUAGGUACAUAAGUAUUUAUCUACUUACUUUACCUAUCGUAUACAAACGAUGCGCACAUAAAUACACACACAUAUACACGAACAUACACACACGCGUAUAUAUAUAUAUGUGUAUAUAUAUAUAUACAUACAGACAUAAACGCACAGUUUUAAAAAUAAAAAUCGAUCCGGAGAGAUAUUAGGAAAGAAAUCAUGUAUUUAUUCUCGAUUAUAUCUCGUUGAAUAAUCCCUAUUCUUUUAUUUCUUUUUUUUUUCUUUUUUUUUUUUCUUUUUUCUUCUACUGUCAAAAAAUUCUAUCAAGAAAACUCGUCGACGAUAUCGUUAAGUUGAGACGAGAUAAAAGGGUGGGUGGGUGGGUGGAAGCGAGGGAGAGAAGGAAGAAGAAGGAGGGAAAAAAAUGAAGAAAAAAAAAGAAAAAAAAAAGAAAUGGAGAGAAGGAGAGAGAGAGAGAGAGAGGGGGUGGGGGAGGGGUAAAAAAGGGAGGGAACUACGAGAUGAAAAUUUAUAUUACAGGAGCAUAUUCUCCAUAAGGGACCCUUACAAUAGUGAACGCGUAAGGAGAGACAGUUGAGUUAUGAGAAUGGAAGAAGAAAAUAUGUACAUUUUUUCGUCGCGCACAAUCGUAUAAUAUCUAUUCACCUCUAUCUCGAUAUAUAAGUUACAUAUAUCGAUAUAUAAGUUAUAUAUAUUUUAUUACCGAACAAGAAAGGAGUGUAGGGUGGGAAUAGAGGGUGGGAGAGUGGAAGGGUGAGAAGGUGAGGAUUUAGAAAGAAGGUUUACGAACGAAUAGAAAAAGUUCGACCAAAGUAGAAAGGAUUUCGUUAAAUGAAAUGAAAUAUAACAUCGAAGAGAGAGAGAGAGAGAGAGAGAAAGUUUGUUCGUCGUUUAUAUAUAUAAAAAUAAAAAAAAAAAGACAACAAUAACAACAAGAAGAAAAUUCAUUGAAUAAGAAAACUAUCUCGUAAUAGUUUUCGUCUCUCGAAAUUCUUCGUCUCUAAGUACGUUGCACUGUCGCAGGUACGGCAGAAUAAAAGAUAAAGAAAGAGUGAUAAAGAGAGAGAGAGAGAGAGAGAGAGAGAGAGAGAGAGAUAAGAGAUGGAAGAAAUAGAGAUAGAUAGAUAGGAAGAGAAAGAGAGAAGAGAAAGAAAAAAUUUAUUAUGUAUGUAAUCAUCGUAAGAUUGAAUUUGUUCGUGAAAUAGAUAGAUAGAUAAAGAGAGAGAAAGAGAGAGAAGGAAAAAAUGAUGAAGGAAUAUAAGUGACUUGAAAAUUUAUCCUCGAGGAGAUUAAACUUUGCCUUGAUGCAUCAAGAACACGUAUGGCUAUAUACAAUAUCGAGGAAAAUAAUAAUCAUGAUAAUAGUAACGAUAAUGAUGACAAGAGGACGAAGACGAAGAAGAAGAAAAAAAUAAUAUAGUAACGUGAAUAAAAAUAAAGAAAAGAGCGAGUCGCCGAUAAGGAAGGAAGAACAAAAAAAAAAAAAAGAAAAUAUCCAUGAGAAUUAUAAUUGCAAUAUGAAAAGAGAUUUGAACAAAAGAUAUAUAGAUAGAUAGUGAUAGAAAAUGUAGAAAGGCCGGUAAUGACGCUAGAGUCCUAGCGAACGGAGCCCUUCGAAAAUGAUAUGGAAUGGAGAGAAAUAAUUUAAAGAAAGGGAGAGAAAGAGAGAUAGAAAGAGGAUGAAAAGAAGGAGAAAGUCUUUAAGAAGCAAACGUCUUUAAACGUACCAAAUACAGUGACCUCGUGCCAAUGUGCAUGCAAGAGAGAGAGAAAAAGAAAGAAAGAAAGAGAGAGAUAGAGAGAAAGAGAGAGUCUAAAUCUUAAUCGAGAUAUUAUAUAAAAGAGAAAAAGAAAAGAAACAAAUAUAAAUUUCGACGUUGUUACGCCAUUUAAUGAUAAACCUCGAGUCGUUAGUCGAGACUGAUGAAUGAAACCGACGAGGCUAAUUCUCAAAGUAGUUACCGUUUAUUACAAAGGAACAAAAAAAAACUAAAAUAAAGUAAAAUAAAAUAAAAUAAGAAAAUAAAAUAAUAUAAAGAAAAAAAUUAAUAAAUAAAUAGAUAAGUAAGUAAGUAAGUAAGUAAGUAAGUAAUAAUAAUAAUAAAUAAAAAUACGUACGACCGAUGUCGACGACCCGUUCGUCCGUAAAGUUCAUUCAUCCCGAUAAUAUUGCGUUCGUUAAAUCUUUUUUUUUUUUCUUUUUUCUUUUUCGUCUUUCUUUCUUGUUUUUGCAAACACUGCGAAGUAUAAAUUUGCAAUGAAAUAAGGAUGACGUUUGAAUGAUCACUCCUUUCCAUCGUCUAGAUUAACGUACUACUUCCUAGUAGUUAUUACGUGUUUAUACGAUAAAUAGGAGAUAUAUUAGUGACAAAUGGAUGAUAAAUCGAACUAAACGGACGUUCGUUUCUUUACGAUAUCGUAUCUCGAGUUACCAUCGUUAUCGUUUAACGAGAGAAACUCGGCCGUUCGAAAAUAGUAAUCGAUGGAUCGAGAUGAUUCUCGGACUCUAGUCAGACGUGUUACGGAUCUCGUGUUUUUGAUUAACACGACCAAUGGUGAAUGUAGGAAAACGUGAUGAGAGAAACCGAAAAAAAUAAAUAAAUAUAUAUGUAUGGAGAAAAGAUCGAGAGAAUGUUAAAAAAAGAAAAAAGAAGGGAAAGGAAAACAGAGGGAAAAGAGAUUUGAGAGAUUGAAAAAGUGUGUGUGUGUCAGAGAUGCAUGUGUGUGAGAAAAAACGAUAGGACACGAAGGUACACAAAUUAGAUGAUGACAAAAUAUUGAUGGAUAUCGCGCGUGAGCUAAAAAUAUUAGAUGGAUACUGUUUAUUUUAUUUCUUUUUCUUCUUUUUUUAUUCUUUUUGUUUUAUCCUUUUUUUUUUCUCUUUUUUUUCUUUUCUUUUUUUAAAUGCAAGGAUGAUCGAACGCAUUUAAAAGAGAGAGAAAGACGAAAAUAUAUUUGAAAGAAUUCAUAAAAGUUUAUAACGUUAUUAAUUUACAAAUUAACGAAAUAUCCAAUGAAUGUUUCCAUGUAAACGCGAGGAAUGUAUAAUUGUUUCGUGAGAUCUGAUGCGAUCCUAAUCUCGACGAUAUUAUUUUAAUUACUGAUCUAUGAAAAUAAUUCCAGGACGAAAGAAAAUUCGAAAUUUAUUUUUGUCAUAAAUUUAAAUCGUUUAAUCCUGCGAAGUACGUUUAUUUCCAAUGAUAUAAUUAUAGAAAAAUUAUGCUUGCUUGAUUAAUUACGCCAAAGAAAAAAGAAGAGAGAAAAAUAAGGUUAUACAAAUAUACAUUAAAAAUUAUUUAUUUUUAACAAGAUAUUGACUCGAUUUAUAAAUAAGUGACAAUUUAUAAAUAAGGAUUUUAUUACUUAUUCGUAAAUCAGUUCGAUAUUUUGAUGAAAAUAAACAUUUUUGUAUGUGUUUCUAUAAAUUUUAACAAAAACUAAGAAAUUCCAACAAUAAUAAUAAUGAUAAUAAUAAUAAUAAUAAAAUUUAUUUAUUGAAUUGAUAGAUACAUAAAUAACAUUAUAAGCAAUGAGUUUAUUAUACUUAUUUAUAAAUCAAUCUAGUAAAUAUAAUAUUUAAUAAUUAAAAUCAACAGACAUUUUGUUGGAUCAUCGGGUUGAUUAAUAAAUAAAAGUCACUUUAUUCUAACGAGUAUAUUCGCAACAACGUUUAUAUAUUUACGAGUCAACCUAAUAUUAAUUUAAACAAAUUAUCCAAAGGUAUUUCAUUUUAUUUUACAAAUAAGAUAUCAAUCUUUCGAUUACUUUGGAAAGACGAAAAAUGACGUGCAGCAAAUUAGUAUUAUUAUUUCGUGAAUAUAUAACGUUAUAUCGAUAUUUCAACGAUCGUUGUGUCUUGUGGGGAAAAAAAAAAUGAAAAAAAAGAUGAUGAAAGAAGAGAAAAAAUUUCACAUUUAUCCAACUGGAUUGGAUCGAAGAAAACGACCUUCGCAGGGUUAAAUAUGGUGACAGAGAGACGCGAAAAAAAAACUCGUGGGACGUUUUAUAAAUCGUUAGAGUUCACCGGAGGUUAAAAGGACGAAAUAUUUUUGGUGAGUUGGCAUUUACGAUCGAAAGUUAGUAACGAAAGAGUUUAAAGAUAGAGAGACUGAUAGGAAGAGAGAGAGAGAGAGAGAGAGAGAGAGAGAGAAGGAGAGAAUAAAAGUUAUUAACGAAAGAAAAAUUUUAAAAAUCUCUCCUACGUCCUGGAACAAAUUUUCUACAUUAUUAUUAUUUUUCAUUUUAUUUAUUUAUAUAUUUUCUUAUUUUUCCCUCUCUUUUUCUUUUCGUUCAAUCUCUUUCCUAGACACUUAAAAUUCUUAAUAAAACAAAUAGUUAUAAAUAGUUUCCUUUUAUAAUCGUCGACAAAAAUCAUAUCGUGCAUUCUACUUGCAAACGAGAACGAAAAGGAUCAUCUUUCUUUUACUUUCUCACGCAUUUCUCGAACCAUUUCGCACGUGCAUCUUCACAUGACUCGUUCCAUGUUUUAUUAAACGGAAAAAAAAGAAAAAGGAAAAAAAAAAUCGAAAGAAGUGAAGUGGAAAAGAAAAGAAAGGAAAAGAGAAAAAAGAGAACGAAAACGAAAGAAAAAGAGGAGAACGAACGAAAAAGACACUGUUUUGCUAAAAUACGAAGGCGAAUAAAUAAGACGAAGACGGGAGAAGCAAAAGAAAAGAAAAACAAAAAGAGAAAGAAAAAAUAGAACGAGAAAAAAAUAAGAAAACGUUCUCAUGGGCUCAACUGUGUCUUAUCUAUUUCGUCGUAUCUUGGUGUGAGCCUUCUGCUUGACUGUUUAUCAUCGGCAUACAAGUGAUUCGUAAAGAAGGAAGGGGAAGGUGCGCCCGAUAAAAAAAAAAGAAUAAAAAGAAAAGAAAAGAAAAAGGAUAAAGAGCAAAGAAAACGAUGAAAAAAGAGAAAAACGAGAAGAUGAAAAAAUAAAUAAAUAGAAAGAAAAAAUGCAAAUUCGAAGAAUAUCGUUCGAGUUUUCAUCGAAAUAUGGAAUGCGAAAUAUGGAAGGAUUUGGGGUGGUAAGAAGGGUGGUAGAAAAGGAAGGGUGACAUGAGACUCGAGUUCGAUCAAUUAUUUAUUAUUUAUCGAUUAAAUUUUCUUUCUUAAAUUAUUCUAUCAUCGAUAAAUGAGAUUGCAUCUAUAGUUGAGCUAACGUUUCUUUUUUUUUAUUGUGAUAAGAUUGUGUUUAGGUAUUGUCCUAUAUAUAUAUAUAUAUAUAUAUAUAUAUAUAUAUAGAAUAAUUCUCUCGUUUAUUAUCAGAAAAGAUUUUCUCUUUUCCCUUUUUUUCUUUUUCUUUCACAUCGGCGUACGUAGUAUAUGCAUCCCCAACUCGAACGUUAAUAAUUUUUUAACUAUCGAUCGUUCGUUCGAUUUCGUUUUUUCUUUUUCUUACUUUCUCACAUUCUUUAUUUUCUUUUUCUCUUUCUCUUGUUUUCCUUUCUCUUUUCUUUUUUUGUCUUUUUUCUUCCUAAUUUCUAUCCUUUCUCCAAACGAAAAUUUCUCUUUUCUAUAUUCCUUCUCUUACUACCAGUCGUUACCUAGUUUGCUAUAUAGAAUUUUGUUAGUAGUCGAUAAUAUAUAGUAUUAUUAAUUAUCACCAUGGUUGCCAUAUUAUUGUAAAAUUAGUUUAAUUACAGCCUGUAGAAGUUUAUCAUAGAAAGGAGAGAGGGGAUUCAUAAGUAAUAUAUAAAUAUUAUAAAUAUAUACACACCUGUAUAUAUAUAUAUAUAUAUGUAUACAUUACAUACAUACAUACAUACAUACAUACAUAUAUAUAUAUAUAUUAAUUAUAUUACACUUAAGUCAUAUUUAUAUACAUAAUAUGUCUAGUCACAUAGUCGACGCUCAAUGGAAAUGGAAAAAAUAAAAAUAAGAAAGAAAAAAAAAUAUAUAAAAAGAAACAAAAAAAGAAAAAAAAAAGAAACGAGGAAAUGAAGUGAUGAAGUAACGGAAAACAUACACCAAACGUGAAAAGGAUGGGCGUAAAAUGAUGGCGGGUAGCGCGCGUAGUAAGAAACGGUGUAACGCUGUAAAAAAAAAAACAAUAUAAAUACGUACAUACAUUCAUAUAUACAUACAUGCAUACAUACAUACGUACAUACAUUCGUACAUAAGUACACUACAUGUACUUACAUAUACAUAUACAUAUACAUAAAUGCAUACGCAACGUGUAAACUAUUCGCACUAUUCGCUCGUAUUGAAAUUUUUUCAAGAAUUAAACUCUGUCGUGCUUAUCUUGACAAAACGAGAAAAUAAUACGACGAACACACAUAUAAAUAAACUAAGAGACAAGAAACAAGGAAAGAGAGAAAGAGAGAGAGAGAGAGAGAGAGAGAGAGUUAGUUUAUCGUACAUCACAAUGGAACGUACUUACGUUGACUUUUAAACGACGAAUGAAACAAAAAUUUUAUACCAGCCCUUAUUUAUUAACGCGAUCGUUUUUCUAGAAUUACAUUUUUAAAGAGAGUCAUCGCGAUAAUAUCGUAAUAUCGUAAGCAUCAUAAUAACACCGUGAAUCGUCGAACACGUUCGAUAAGAUCGUGAAAGUCAACGUGAUCGUUCCUUUCGAGAUCGAGGAAAAAUAAAAUAAAAAAAAAGAAAAAAAAACAAGGAAAAGGAAGUAACAAUAUUUAACGUACGCACGAACAUACGUAGAAACAAAAAAAAAAUAUAAUAAAUAAUAAGUACGAUGAGAUUAUGAUAGAAAACGAAGAAAGAAUGAAAUGAUGAAUGAAAGAGAAAGAAAAAUGUAUACUUGGCUUCGUAUCGACCAAACCGGCCGUAAUUAUUUACAUAAAUACACAUACACACACACACACACACAUAUAUGUAUACAGUCGGUACGGACAAUCGAGAUUCAAUCUAUCGAAUAAAUGUAUCUAUCGAAUUCUCUUGUGCGAUAAAAAAUACGUAAAACCGGUUUUUGCAAAACCUUUUAAUGAAAUGCGACAGACACGCACUCGCACCCAUACACACACAUAUAUAUAUAUAUUUUCCAUCGAAAGAAGAAAAAGAAAAAGAGAUUCCGUUUUAAUUCGAGAGCAAGAUAUGAUGUAUCGAGAGUCGAUCGAAUUAAUCGAAAAAAAAAGAAAAAGGAACUGUAACGAUAACGGCAACAACAACAAACGAAGAAAAUAAAACGAAAAAAAAGAAGAAAAAAACAAAGCCACCGAGAAAUAAUUAUAAAUUAUUUCUUCUUGUAAGCGCAUAGAAAAAAAAAAAAGAAAAA